AUGCCGACGGGGGACGUGGCCCGAUCGAACGUCACACCAUACCUCAUCUACCUCGUGUUUAUCACCACCUUAGGUCCACUUCAGUUCGGAUACCACUUGGCCGAGCUGAAUGCACCCCAAGCCGUGAUUACCUGCGAGCGCAAAAGCAUACAUUCCUCCACCCCCCAAAUAUCGGUCAAUUUACCACAAUGUAUCCCCAUGACCCCAUCCCAAUUCGGCCUGGUAUCAUCAAUUUACACACUGGGUGGUCUUUUGGGGGCUCUGCUGGCAGGGCCGGUCUCGACAAAACACGGACGUUCGUUUGCUUUACGUGCCACGACUCUUUUCUUCAUCUUGGGACCCGUGGCUGAGACCCUGGCAUCAAAUAUCCCGGUACUCAGCAUUGGUAGACUUCUGUCCGGUGUCGGAUCGGGAGCAGCCAUUGUGGUUGGCCCAAUCUACAUUUCAGAGAUCGCUCCUCCCAGCGCCAGGGGCUUCUUUGGCGCUUUCACACAGGUUAUGACCAAUGUUGGUAUUCUGCUUACCCAGACAUUAGGUUAUUUCUUCAGUGAGGGAAGCAUGUGGAGAAUUAUACUAGCAAUUGCCGGUAUUAUAGGAGCCAUGGAGCUGCUUGGUCUUACUUUAGUUCCAGAGAGUCCUACCUGGCUCGCAGAACAUCAGAAAGGAGAUUUAGCCCGUCGUGUACUCCAGCGGAUCCGCGGGAAAGAUAUCGAUAUUCGAGGAGAAUUAGAAGGCGCAAUAAUCGCGAGCUCUAGUGACGAGGCUGGAGAAGAGCAGUCGCUGCUCACUCCCCCAUCUAGUAACCUGCCCCCAAAACAGCCUCCGAUAACCAUGGCUCGGGUGUUCAUGGACCCUGAUUACCGCCCAGCCAUCAUUGCUGUUGUUGGAGUCAUGGUCGCCCAGCAAUUUACGGGUAUUAACAGCAUUAUCAUGUACAGUGUCUCCCUUUUGCAGAGUAUUUUACCCACAACAGCAGCACUGCUUUCUGUGCUGAUCUCCGCCAUCAAUCUCAUCAUGACCCUUGCUUGUUCACCGUUGCCGGAUAAGAUUGGCCGAAAAUCCUGUCUUUUGCUCAGCAUCAGCGGGAUGGGAUUCAACUCUAUCCUACUCGCGGUAGGGAUCUAUUUCAAUAUGAAACCCCUAUGUGCAGUCGCCGUUCUACUCUUUGUUGCUUCGUUUGCAGUUGGUUUGGGCCCUGUACCAUUCAUUUUGGCCUCUGAGCUCGUCGGCCCGGAGGCCGUGGGGGCCACACAGAGCUGGGCGUUGGCUGCCAAUUGGACUGCCACCUUUAUUGUGGCACAGUUCUUUCCGAUGUUAAAUGAUGCCUUGGGCGGCAGGGGUAAGAUUUACUGGCUCUUUGCCGUGAUGGCCGGCAUCUUUGGGGGUUUCAUUUAUUUCAGGGUACCAGAAACCAACGGCAAAAAGAGUAUGGACGAAGUAUGGGGCAGAGAAGAUCAACGAAGAAGGGACUGAGAAUGGGAUAUUGCUACUUCUAGUAUUUUCUCAGGCUGACGUGUUCCAUAUGCCACCCAUCCGACAUAUCCCCUUCUGUCUGUCUCUCUUUCCUUUCUUUUUUAGUAUAGUAUUGUAAUUGCGCAGUGGUGCAUAUUUCACUCGCCGGACUGAGGAAUGGCAUAUCCAAUAAAUACUCGGAGUUAGCACACGCCCUAAGAGAUGCAUGCUAUCUCCAUCAACACUCCAUACAUAGACCCUGCCUUGCCCGCGACACGGGAGAAGAGCGCAAAUCGAAUGCGGGUAUCAAUCAUGAGGUCGGAGCGAUGAAAAGUGGCAUGCUCAAACAGGACACUCCGGAGGGAGGCGGAAGAGGUGUCUAGACGGUCUCGAGGAUGACGACUCUCUCCUCACCUAUGAUUACUUAAUUAUCUAUGAUUCCAUAAAUUGACGCUAAAUACUAAUUCCGUGAAAC